AUGGUGUUCACGAGCGUGCCACCAUCGACGUCACCCCACGGUGCCGGCGCUGCCACGAGCUCCUCGUCGACGUCGUCACCGAGUGUUCACGCGGAGGAGGAACAGAUGCCGCCGCCGUCAGCGAGCUCCUCGUCGUCGACGUCGUCACCGAGCGUUCACGCGGAGGGGGAACAGAUGCCGCCGCUGUCAGCGAGCUCCUCGUCGUCGUCACUGAACGUUCAUGCGGAGGAGGAACAGAUGCCGUCGCCGUCAAGUUCUAGCGGCGCCGCGUCGUCGGCGUGUGAUGAACACGAUGUCAUAGUCGAGAUGGCGGACGCGGCGGCGGAUGUCGACGCAGCACCGGCGCCGCAGCAGGACGUUCGCGCCGCGGCCGCUCCUCCUCCACGAGCUGCAGCAAGCAACAAGCAAGGCGCGCGCGGUUGGGCAGACGCCGGGGAGGACGAGGUGGAUGACGACUAG